UACUCAGACCGCUGGUUCAACGCAGGCAGGGGACCUGAAAGAGCUGUUUGUGGUGAUAUUUAACAAUAUAUUGGCGAAGAGGGACAGAACCAUGGCUGAAGCUGUACCACUCAGAGAGACGGAGCUGAAACUGCUGCCUGAGUCUGAUGGGUGUGGUUCAACAAAUCAUGAUGGGUCAGGUUUGACCACCGACCUGAGGAUUGUGUUGCUGGGGAAGACUGGAGCAGGGAAGAGCGCAACAGGAAACACCAUCCUGGGGAAGAAUGUAUUUAAAGUCGACUCUUCCCCUGCGUCAGUGACCGGACAGUGUGAGAGGCAGAGUGGAGAGGUCAACGGGACAAAGGUGCAUGUGGUUGACACACCAGGCCUCUUCGACACAGCCAGGUCGGGCGAAGAAGUGAAAGAGAAAAUAGAGGAGUGCGUUAACAUGUCCGUCCCGGGCCCCCACGCGUUCCUGCUGGUGAUCAGGCUGGGGGUGAGGUUCACAGAGGAGGAGAGGAACGCCGUGAGGUGGAUCCAGGAGAAUUUUGGCGAGGACGCCUCCAUGUACACCAUCUUGCUGUUCACCUGUAAAGAUCAGCUGAAGGGGAAACAGGUGGCAGAUUCUCUGAAGAUGUGCAAAGAGCUACGGAGACUCUCCAUCACUUUAGGUGGCGGGUAUCACUCGUUCAACAACGACGCGAAAGACGACCCGACCCAGGUCGCACAGCUGCUGGACAAGAUCAAAGAGAUGGUGGAGCUGAACGGAGGAGAGCACUACACCAACGAGAUGUACCAGAAGGCUCAGAGGAAGAUCAGAGAGGCGGAGGAGCGGAGGAGGGAGGAGGAGAAGAGAAGGAAGGAGGAGGAGGAGAGAAAAUUAAAAGAAGAGGUGAAGGUGGAGAUAGAAAAGGAAAAGGAGGAAGAGAGAAGGGGAAAGGGGGAUAAAAAGAGGAAUCUCCACAUCUCAUUAGCAGUAACAGCUGUUUGUGUAGUAGUAGGGGUGAUCAUAGCAACAGCUGCUGAUACUACGGUAGCCCUGGCUCUAGCUCCGCUGGUACUGCUGCUGGGAGCAGCCAGUGGAAUAACGGCUGUCUGCCUGAAGAGAGGAAGGUGUGGAGCUAAAACACCGGUCUCCGUAGCUGUGUAACAAUCACAUCUACCUCAUCAAGGCUGUGUUUACACAGGCAACCCCAUUCUGAUCUUUUGCCACUAAUUGGUCUUUUGAUCAAUCCGAUCUCUUGUCAAUAAUUGGGCAAAAUAUCAAAAUUUGUCUGCCUGUGUAAAGAUUAGAAUUUGUCUGCCUGUGUAAAGAUCAGAAUUUGGCUGCCUGUGUAAAGAUCAGAAUUUGGCUGCCUGUGUAAACGCAGCCGAACAAGACCAAACAACAGGAACAUGGAUUGAAUGAUUGAUUGAUUGAUAGAUAGAUGGUUUUAUUGAUUGAUUGAUUGGCCUUUUUCACACUUUGUUACCUUAUACGUGGGAACUUUGAUAAAAACAUUGUUGUAAACCUAUCCCUUCA